AUGAAGAAGUGUAUAAUAGUGCUUAUUGUUUUGCUGGUCUUCAGUUAUGGGGACUGGAUACUAAGUACUGAAGCAGCUCCAGCUUCCAUUGCUAAGCAAAUCUCAGUCCCUGGAGAUUACCAAAAAAUUUCAGAUGCGGUUGACGAUGGUGUUCCCACAGGGAACAAUGAAUGGAUUUUGAUUAAAGUUGCCCCCGGAGUUUAUACAGACACUGUCACUGUUCCUGCUAACAAACCCUACGUCAUUAUACAAGGUGGUGGCAAAGAUAACACAAUACUUGCUUGGAAGUCUGCUAAUAAAGGCCUGGCAGAUGCUCCUCUGAUUGUAAGAGCAAGCAAUUUCAUUGCAAAAGAUAUUACUUUCAAGAACACAUACAAUCUUAAUGAAGUAGCUCCAGCCGUUGCUGGCUUUGUACAAGGAGACAAGUGUUCUUUCUAUCAAUGUAAUUUUCUUGGUGUACAAGAUACCUUAGCGGAUUACAAUGGUCGCCAUUUCUUCAGCUCUUGCUACAUUGAAGGCACUACUGACUUCAUUUUCGGUGAUGGCACCUCCAUUUACCAGGACUGCACAAUAAACGCGACAGGAAGCGGUUAUAUAACAGCGCAAGGCAGAGAACAAGCCAACGAAGCUUCGGGUUUUGUCUUUAAAUUUGCGAAUGUGAUUGGAAAAGGUCCAACAUACCUGGGUAGAGCAUGGAGGGCUUAUUCCAGAGUAUUGUUUUAUCAAUCCACAUUUGCAGACAUUAUAGAUCCAAAGGGGUGGGAUGCUUGGGGAAAUCCUGAGUAA